CGAACAGGCUGAGAGGACGGGAGGGCGCUGUGCUCUUCUGCCCCAGCCACACACACACACACACCCUGGAUGCAAGGAGGGUCCGCUCCCCGCCGAAUCAGUCGGCGGAGAUCUGGGCUGCAUGGUCAGGGGCAGGGGCGGCUGUGGUGAACCAACCUCUCGGUCUCCAUGGGCCUGAUAGGAAGGGCUUCUGUCUAGGUGAAGGGGCAGCAAAGGAGGGCAGCCAGGCGUCCAUCACGGGAGACGGAGCAGCCCAGGAGCUGAGGCAGCAGCUGACCAGGAGACAGUGGAGAAACCGGCAGAAGAACAAGCGGCGGCAAAACAACAAGUUCAAGGCCUCCAACGGCCAGCCUCUGGCGUCUUCUGUGGCAGGCCACCCUCCUGAUGACCAUGGGGGCCUGGCCCCGGAUACCAAGGCACCUGGCGGGCAGAGACCGUCCCUGAGGCAGCGCCUGGAGAACCGCCUGGAUGCCGCUCGCUUCCGCUACAUCAACCAGAUGCUGUACACACGCUCCAGCCAACAGGCAGCCCAGCUUUUCCGGGAGGACCCCGAGGCUUUAGCUGUCUACCACCGAGGUUUUGCCCUGCAGGCGGCCUCCUGGCCCGAGCGGCCCGUGGAGCGCUUUGUGCACUAUCUUCACCAUAGGUCAGGACCGGCCUCCCUGGUCGUAGCUGACUUUGGCUGCGGGGACUGCACCCUGGCUCGUAGCCUGCCCAACCGAGUGCACUGCUUCGACCUGGCGGCCCUAGAUCCGCGGGUGAUCGUCUGCGACAUGGCACAGGUGCCGCUGGAGGACGCCUCCGUGGACGUGGCCGUCUUCUGCCUGGCGCUGAUGGGCACCAACCUGCGCGAGAUCCUGCAAGAGGCUCACCGCGUCCUUCGAGCCGGGGGGACGCUGCUGGUGGCCGAGGUGGCUAGUCGCUUCGCGGACCUGCGGGCCUUCCUGGGGGCGCUGGCCCGGCUGGGCUUCCGGCUGACCUCCAAGGACGUGUCGGGCAGCCACUUCUACACCUUCGAGCUGCGCAAGGCCGAACGGGCGGAGGUGGCGAAAGCGGCCGAGGAGCCGCGCGGACUGGCGCUGCGGCCCUGCCUGUAUAAGCGCCGGUGACGUCGGGGCUCCCUCCCGACCAAUAAAGGCCCGUCUUGCUGGCGA